AUGGUCGUCCGGACGCCGGCCAAAUCCACAUCGGCAAGCCAAAAGCUGUCCCAGUCAACGGGAAAGCAACAGAGCAUUCUAGGCUUCUUCUCCAAGACACCCACGGCAAAGACACCAUCUACGGUCCGGCCAUCGACAACGAGGACUCGUACCGGUGUGAGCAUUGACGAUGAGACCGCUCUCUCAUCACCUUGUCUGCGUGAAACAAAGGCCAAUGCCCGGGCUUCAACGCGCCCUCAGGUCACGCCCGUUCCCAGCAGUGAUGCAUUAGAGCCGCCUAGCUCCCAGGAAAAUGCCAGCUUCUACGGCUCUGCAUCAAAGAUAAAAAAACCGGUAAACUACGCCGAAUCUUCGGACGAGGAGGAAGAUGUCUUCGUGUCCAUGAACACAACACGUCGUAACAGAUCUCGAGCCGUUGCAGACGAUGACGAUGACGAUGACUAUAACGACAUCAAAGAAGUCCCGGUCGUUGAUCAUGAAGAUGACGAAAUGGCCGACUUUGUUGUCUCGGACGAGUCCGACGUCACGUCUAAGGCUGCAAAGAGAAAACGUCCCACUAAGACUGAGGCGUCUCGGAAACGGCCAACACCCUCGCCGACACCGAUGAAGGAGGAAGAUUACGACAUGGAUGACGAAGAAAUCUUCAACGAAGUGCAGACGUCCACGGCACAAAAGUGGCGCUUUGAUCCAGACAAUAUUCAGCCCUCUGAUCCGUCUUCCAGAGCUGUCCGUGCUCCCGCUCCCAAAGCUGCGAACCCUAAAGCCAAGGAAAAGGCCUACACCAGAGAGCCAGAGGAGAGGUACUCAUGGCUCGCCAACAUCAUGGACAUGAACCGCAACAAGCCAGGCCACCCAGACUUUGAUAAAUCUACGGUAUUUGUUCCUCCUAAUGCCUGGAACAAAUUCUCGCCCUUUGAGAAGCAGUACUGGGAAAUCAAGCAGAAGCUCUGGGACACAAUCGUGUUUUUCAAGAAGGGCAAGUUCUUUGAGCUCUACGAGAACGAUGCCACCAUUGGUCACCAACUCUUCGACUUGAAGCUGACGGACCGCGUCAACAUGCGUAUGGUGGGUGUGCCUGAGAGCUCGCUCGACAUGUGGGUCAACCAGUUCGUGGCCAAGGGCUACAAGGUAGCUAGAGUCGACCAAAUGGAGUCAGCACUGGGGAAGGAGAUGCGGGAACGGGGUGCGUCGGCAGUCAAGUCCAAGCAGGACAAGAUCAUCCGUCGUGAGCUUGCCUGUGUUCUCACGCGCGGUACUCUGGUUGAAGGCAGCAUGCUUCAGGACGACAUGGCUACCUUUUGUGCUGCCAUCAAGCAAGACGUUGUUGAUGGCAAGCCUGUAUUUGGCAUCGCCUUUGUGGACGCGGCCACAGGCCAAUUCUUCUUCUCAGAGUUCGAGGAUGACGCAGAACUUACCAAGUUCGAAACGUUUGUCGCCCAGAUGGCACCACAAGAGUUGAUUUUGGAGAAAAAUUGCAUUUCCACCAAGGCACUCCGCAUCCUCAAGAACAACACAACACCCAUGACUAUCUGGAAUUACCGAAAGUCGGGGAGUGAGUUCUGGGACGCCGACACUACCCGGCGAGAGCUGGACUGUGGUGGCUACUUUACCGCUGACGAUGGGGGCAACGAGGACUGGCCAAAGAAGCUCGCCGAAGUUAGAGAGAAGCCUUUCUUAAUGUCCGCUUUUGGGGCCUUGGUCAACUACUUGCGCGAUCUCAAAUUGGAGAGGAACCUGGUUAGUCAGGCAAAUUUUGAGAUGUACAACCCUAUCCACCGAAACGGAACUUUGAUCCUUGACGGGCAGACCUUGAUCAAUCUAGAGAUCUUCUCUAACACGGUCAACGGUGGACCGGAAGGCACGCUUUUCAAUCUACUGAAUCGGUGUAUCACGCCGUUUGGUAAGCGUCUAUUCCGGAAAUGGUUGUGCCAUCCGCUAUGCGAUAUUCGGAAAAUCAACGAGCGUCUGGAUGCCGUGGACAUGCUGAAUGCAGACCGCAGUCUCCGAGAUCAGUUCUCGUCCGAGAUGUGCAAAAUGCCCGAUCUUGAGCGCUUGGCGUCCCGCAUCCAUGCUGGCUCGUGCAAGGCGGAGGACUUUGUGCGCGUCCUCGAAGGGUUUGAGCAGAUAGAGUACACUAUGGGCCUUCUUCGUGUUUUGAACGGGGGUAACGGCCUCGUUGAUCGACUGCUGGCGGCAAUGCCCGACCUGAACGAACCUCUGAGCUACUGGAAGACGGCCUUCGACCGAAAGAGGGCCCGCGAGGACAAGCUCCUGAUUCCGGAACGAGGCAUCGACGAGGACUUCGACGAGUGUGCAGACGCCAUCACAGGCAUCAAAGGCAAGCUGCAGUCGGUGCUUGAAAGGAGCAAGGCUGAGCUGAAGUGCCGAAAUGCAAAGUUCACAGAUGUCGGCAAAGAGAUCUACCAGGUGGAGGUUCCUAAGGCUACCAAGGUGCCCAAGUCCUGGAGACAGAUGUCGGCAAACAACGCUGUCAGGCGGUUCUAUUUCGCCGAGCUGGACGAGCUUGUGCGGGGACUGCAAGAGGCCGAAGAGACCCAUUCGCAACUCACUCGGGAGGCUGCGCUGCGUUUCUGCAAGCGUUUUGACGCCGAUGCCGAAAUUUGGCAGGAGGCCAUUCGUAUCAUUGCGCAGCUGGACUGUCUUAUCAGUCUAGCCAAGGCAUCGUCGUCGCUCGGCCAGCCCAGCGCCCGGCCUACGUUUGUAGACGAGGAACGCAGUGUGGUUGAGUUUGAGGAGCUCCGCCAUCCUUGCAUGCUCAACACGGUGGAUGACUUCAUCCCCAACGACAUUCGUCUGGGUGGCGAUGCGGCUAAUAUCAGCCUUCUCACUGGUGCCAAUGCUGCGGGCAAGUCGACUAUCUUGCGCAUGUCCUGCAUUGCCGUCAUCAUGGCUCAGAUUGGCUGUUACGUACCGGCUGUCUCGGCGCGGCUGACGCCCGUUGACCGGAUCAUGUCACGUCUGGGCGCCAACGACAACAUCUUCGCGGCGCAGUCGACCUUUUUUGUCGAGCUAUCCGAGACAAAGAAGAUCUUGUCCGAAGCCACGCCACGGUCACUGGUCAUCCUGGACGAGUUGGGCCGCGGCACCUCCUCGUAUGACGGCGUGGCCGUUGCCCAGGCAGUGCUCCACCAUGUGGCCAGUCACAUUGGCUGUGUGGGAUUCUUUGCGACUCAUUACCAUUCGCUAGCGACAGAGUUCGAGAACCACCCCGAGAUCUGUGCCAAGCGCAUGCAGAUCCUCGUGGACAACGAGAACCGACGGGUGACGUUCCUUUACCGGCUGGAGGACGGCGUGGCGGAGGGAUCCUUCGGUAUGCACUGCGCGGCCAUGUGCGGAAUCCCUGACCGGGUGAUUGAAGAGGCCGAGGUCGCAGCGCGCGAGUGGGAGCAUACGAGCCGGCUCAAGGACAGCCUGGAAAGGGCCAAGACGGGAUGCUAUAUCCCGCUGGGCGUGCUCAGUGAUGUGGCCACGCUGCUCCGGGAAGACACUGGAUCUGAAAGCCUAGACGCGCGUGGCAUUGACGUUCUGGCGCGGGCCAUCGAAGCGCUAUAA